CUCAGCACCAAAUUCCCAACAUUUCUAAGAGGAAACACCCUCGACACUUUCUAAGAAAUGGGAAAUGCAGCUUCUUGCACUCCUUCCUUGACACCAAAUGGGGUCUUCAAGGUCCUAUUCUUAGAUGGGAGGUUAGAGGCCUACACAAAACCAAUGAGAGCUGCAGAAUUGAUGCUAGAGUACCCUGGACAGUUUGUUUGUGACUCUAGCUACCUCAAAGAGGGACACCGAAUUCAAGGGCUCCUAGCAGAUGAAGAACUUGAAAGGCGCAAAUUUUACUUCCUUCUACCAAUGGAACUGCUCUACUCUGUGCUAACACAUGAAGAAAUGAGCUCUCUUAAUUACAAAGCAACAAGGGCCACGAAGCACGGAAGUUUCAACAAUUUGGGCAAGAUUUUUCCUGUGUUUAGUGAAUUUUGCAUGUUCCCUUCGGAGCUGAAGAGAUUAGAAGAGGUGGUUAGAGAGCCAGAGCCAGUUGAAAGGUACUCGAAGCAGAGAUCUUGGAGACCGGCACUAGAGACCAUUGAUGAAACUCUAUGAAGCCAUAUGUUCAUUUUUCUUCAUUUCAAUUUGGUAGAAAUUCUUGGAUUUUUUUUUUUUUUUUUUUUUUUUUU